UCUGAUGCGCCAGCUCUCAUAAUCGUCCAAACGCAACCCAUCAGCGCCGCAGCUAGAAGCAGAGCUUGACAUCUUCUGUAAAAAGGUUACCUGGUUUUGAGACGAGACACAAUGGUUCACGCGGAUGCAUCCAACUUCGCCGACGGCGUCACAAAGCAGGAUGCCUACGAACAGGUUCUGAUGCAGGCCGAGGGUCUCUUCAUUGGCCAGCGCAACUGGGUUUGCAACCUCGCAAACGCUGCAUCUCUUUUGUGGCAUGCUUACAAAUCGUUGGGUGCACCGAGCAAUAACGUGAACUGGGCAGGUUUCUACGUGUUAGACAAGUCAUCUCAGCAGCCACAGCUCAUCCUUGGACCCUUCCACGGCAAGGUAGCCUGCCAGACCAUCCAGUUCGGGAAAGGAGUGUGCGGGACGGCGGCACAGACAGGGACCACCCAGCUGGUCAGGGACGUGGAGAGCUUCCCGGGGCACAUAGCUUGCGAUGGGGAUAGCAAGAGCGAGAUUGUAGUGCCGAUUCUGGUCGAGCAGCCCGGGGGCGACGGCGAGAAGAAGGUGGUGGCGAUCAUCGACAUCGACUGUGCCGUGUUGGACGGGUUUGAUGACGUUGACAAGGCGCACCUCGAGGACCUGGCGGCGCUGCUUGCGAAGAGCUGCGACUGGUAGCCGAAGGCUAUCCAAAAUGCACAUCAAUCCCUGUUCGCAUUCUUUCCGGAUGCCUUGUGUCUCUUCCAUGACUAAAGUGACUCAUGGUGAUGUUAGUGUCUCGGAUGAAUCCUGUGGACAUGAACACAGUG